CCCCUCUAGAGCUGCAGUCGAGAGCUAAGCUCAUAAAGGAAGCUUCCCCAAAAUGCCGUUUUUGGCCAUGAUGGGCCAAGCAGGAGCCCAGAGACUUGCGACAGGAACCUGGAGAAGAUUCAUAAAGGAUGGCAGAUGUUUCACUACCUCAGCUUCUCACCGGAACGCUUCAUCCUCACCUGCAGCCAAUCAGAAAACGCCGUCCUAUAGCUAUGUGGUCAUUGGGGCAGGGUCAGCGGGUUGCGUCCUCGCCAAUCGCCUGACAGAAGAUGCCCAGGAGUCCGUGUGUCUGCUGGAGGCCGGACCCAAGGACAAGUGGCUAGGAAGCUCCCGACUCUCGUGGAAAAUCCACAUGCCAGCCGCACUGACCUACAACCUCUGUGAUGACAAGUAUAACUGGUUCUACCACACGUUACCUCAGGCCCACAUGGACAACAGGGUGCUGUACUGGCCCAGGGGUCGAGUCUGGGGAGGAUCCUCCUCACUUAAUGCCAUGGUUUACAUCCGUGGACAUGCAGAGGACUACAACCGCUGGCAGAGAGAGGGUGCAGAGGGAUGGGACUAUGAGCAUUGUCUGCCUUACUUCAGAAAAGCCCAGAGCCAUGAACUGGGAGAAAAUAGGUACAGAGGUGGCAGCGGUCCUCUUCACGUGUCCAGAGGAAAGACCAACCAUCCUCUGCACAACGCUUUUAUCGAAGCAGGCCAGCAGGCAGGAUACCCCUUCACUGAUGACAUGAAUGGAUACCAGCAGGAAGGCGUUGGCUGGAUGGACAUGACCAUCUACAAAGGAAAGAGAUGGAGCACUGCCAGUGCCUACCUCAGACCUGCACUGGGUCGGCCCAAUCUGACGACAGAGGUGCACUGCUUGACCACCAAGAUCCUGUUUGAUGGCAAGCGUGCUGUGGGGGUGGAGUACGUGCAGAACGGAGAGAAAAAGAGAGUGUUUGCAGAUAAAGAAGUGAUCUUGAGUGGAGGAGCCAUCAAUUCCCCUCAGCUUCUCAUGCUGUCUGGUGUGGGAAAUGCAGAUGAAUUGAAAGACCUCGGUAUUCCUGUCAUUCAGCACUUGCCAGGCGUUGGUAAUAACCUGCAGGACCACUUGGAGCUGUACGUCCAGCAGCAGUGCACUCAGCCCAUCACCUUGUACAAGGCCCAGAAGCCUUUCCACAUGAUCAAGAUUGGCCUCGAGUGGCUAACUCUUUUCACCGGCUACGGAGCUACAGCCCACUUGGAGAGCGGAGGGUUUAUCCGGAGUCGACCUCACGUCACACACCCUGACAUUCAGUUUCAUUUCCUGCCCUCACAAGUUAUUGACCAUGGCCGGGUUCCUUCAAAGAUAGAGGCGUAUCAGGUUCAUGUUGGACCGAUGAGAAGCACCAGCAUUGGCUGGAUGAAGCUGAAAAGUCCCAAUCCCACAGAUCACCCAAUUCUCCAGCCAAACUAUCUCUCCACUGAUAUUGAUGUGUGGGAAUUCAGGCAGUGCGUCAAACUGUCCAGAGAAAUUUUCGCUCAGAGUGCCUUCGACCAGUUCCGCGGUCCUGAGGUCCAGCCCGGUCUCCAGGUCCAGUCAGACGCCGACAUCGACGCUUUCGUCCGCCAGAAGGCCGACAGCGCCUACCAUCCCUCCUGCACCUGCAAAAUGGGGUCCGCCUCCGAUCCGACGGCGGUGGUGGACUCGAGCGCACGCGUCCUGGGUCUGGAGAGACUGCGGGUGGUCGACGCUUCCAUCAUGCCCAGCAUCGUGAGCGGGAACCUGAAUGCCCCUACGAUCAUGAUAGCAGAAAAGGCAGCCGACAUGAUCAGGGGUCUGCCUCCUCUCGUGGACCCCGGGGUUCCUGUGUACCAGCCCCCAACGCUCGAAACGCAGAGAUGAUCGGCCGAUUCGAUGAUUUAACUAGAACGAUCUCUGAGGUGGGAGCAGCGGGGAAUUUAAUCAACAAAAAGUGUGACUUAAUUUUGUUUAACUUUUGAUUCGCUUAAACUCUUUUUGAACUCCACAAAUUGCCCUUUGCGUUGAAGUGAAGGAUUUAGCAUGAAGUUUGAUAUGCAGGCAGUCUGCCGGUUGGGACCAACAUGCUAAGACAUCAUUCAUCAUUCUAAAAGUAGACAUUAUUACAGCCUGCCGCAUAGCAGCUGUGUAGUAAAUGCAAAUUGCUUUUUGCAAUUUGCAUUUACUUCAAAUUGCAGUAAAUGCAAUUUACUGCAAGUUCAGAGUGCUGCUGUACACUGAGCAACAGUGAACACUUGCUCAGUGUUUUUGUUUAAAUCUACUAAUACAUGAGGGCGUAAGGGGAAUGCCGUUUGCACCAGCAUGGUUCAUCUCAAUUUCACCGUAUCCACAGCUUGAAAUGUUUUCAGUAUUACAGAGAAACACUAAUAAAACAAAAAUCAGACUAUAAGUCAUUUGGUUCAGCUUCAAAUAUUAUUGUCCCGUUAAUUAUGAUUUAAUGCCUCUGAUAUGAAGGUUCAGUUACAGUGCAAGGUUCUGUCUUCUUGUCUACUGAUCAGCUUCCUUCCUGCAAACCUGCAGCUGUUCAGUUCAGCUCAUUUUCAGAGGUCUGUUUGCAAACUGUUGAAGUUAACAGGAAGGCAAUCGCUCUUUAGUUUCUGUUUGAGUUAACCUUAUCUCAAAAAAGGGACGUUUUUACUGCAAGCCAGUGUGCUUGCACGGUUGCUUCUAUGUUCAGAAAAAGAUUUGUGCUGAUUAGAUUGGCCUGCAAAGCUGCCUACAUCAGCAUUUUCUAUUUGAACAAAUGUGGGACGACACUUGUUUUCUGACAUAAGUCGUAGGGACAUCUUUUUAAACCUCCUUCAAAAAACAAAAGCUUUAAAACACAUAUAAAAGGAAGAAACUUAAGAUUUUGUGACCAAAAAAUAACUGCCUUUUUCAGAUUCUAGCACUAGCAGAUCUCUUUACACUAAUGUACAAAAGUUUUUUUUAUUUUCUAGAUUGCAGCUGUUGCAUUUUAGGGCAAAUACCAUUUUUACAUAUUUUCCUUCUCAAUUGUGUUCAAUUCAUUUCAAUGCAUUUUUAUACCCCUUGCUCACUACAAAUUUGGUCUCAAGGCUCUGUUCUUCUUUUUGUUCUUAAUUGUUCAUUUAAUUUCAAAAAUAAAACUAUAUAUGUGGGGAACAAAGUGAAGAAAAUGCAGCUGGAAGGUACAGAAGAGUAGUGCUGAUACUUUUAGAACUGUUGCAUUAAUACAUGCCAUAAUAUGCAUCCAAGACAAAAGUAGGAAAGUGUAACUCUCUAGCUCCAAUUUGAGUCAAAAGGUGAAGAUUUACUUCAUACAAGUCUCACUUUUUUCCAGUUUAUCACCAGUUUGUGUCCUUCUGUUCAGGAGUUCACCUAUGCUGCAGUAAGGUCACAGCCUGUCACAACAAGCACACUUUAAACGACUGAGGUUAAUUUUCUCAAAUGUUAUUUGGCUCUAACAAGUUACUCCACCCUAAUGCAGCAUGGAAAAUCCAGGGGAGAUUAGCAUAAAUUAUCUAUAUUUAGGACUACAGCUGCUUAACUUGCUCUAUAAGCUUCGGAGGAGAACGCUGUUUGCUUCCGUAGAGUUUUUGCUCACAUUUCCUGCACUGCAGCAAAAAUGCUGACCACGUUGUUUUUCUGAGUCUCCAAAAAAUGGAAACGCAUGCAUUCCACAUUUUUAUUUCAAGUCAGAAACAAAAUAUUUUCUCUGUCAUUGCCUUGAGAGAUUUCCAUAAUGACUGUGCCUGUUUCACUGAUCAUGACUCAAAAGGUCCUUUUUAUGUUUCAGGAAAAUGUGUUGGCAUUUCUGAUCCACUUUGGAAAACAGUGGAAAACUCAUUUUGCGAUUUAAUGCUUUUCAUCAUUUUCAAUAUCAAAGAUGCAACAUUUGCCCUUUAAAGCAGCAGUUCUCCUUGACUUGCUCCAGACCGUAUCACAACAUGCAGAGCACUAAACUGCACAUUCAUGUGGAGUGUUUAUUAACAACAGCUAAAUAUCAAACACGGCAAAUUAUGUUAAAAUGCACCUUUUUUCUCUACACUAAAAACUUAGAAAUCCCAAGUAUGUGUUAAAUAAAAUACAUUUCUUGUAUUGUUUUUAUGAGUGAUUACAUAGAUUAUCUUAAUAAAAUUUAUAAACGACUGAUAAGGAAAAUUAAGGUUUUAACAUAAAUGCAAUAAAAGAAAUAGUGCCUUUAAGAUUAUUUUAUUGUUGAUACAAAUUUGUGAUCGAAGUUGAUGCAUAUUUGUUGUGAUUUUUUUUAUAUCUUCACUAAUAUCUUAAGUAUUGACUGAAGUCAAUUAAUCCGUAUUAUAAGCUACAAUGGAUCUUAUUUUCUACAAUGACCUUAACUGUGUUAAAUUGUGUUUCUUUGUUAAAAAUCCAUACUGUGACAGCUAUUGUUUACACUAUACUGCACUGUUGUGCAAUGAUGCAUUAAUCAUUUUUUCUGUUUUCUUUUUUUCUGAAGGAAUAAACAUGUGAAUCAGAAAAGAAAAUUUUAUGUUUUAUGUUAAUAUAUCAGAGCUUUUCUUUAUUUUUAUUUUUUUAAUUGAUUGUCAACAAGCCAUCCUGACCUUGUCCUCUUUAUUUAGCAAUUAUUACAAAUCAGCAGGUGCAUCAUCAUUUCAGGCAAAAAAAUCAAAUGUACAAAACAAGGAUGUUGCUUCUGUUGGUACAAAAUCUAGAAGGUACUAAUAUUCUGCUACAAAGUAGAUAAAGACAACUUUUAAAGUGUUUUAUACACAAAUAGGUAGAAAAGCAGAAAUCUUCAAGUUAGUUCUUACAAACACUAUACAAACUGUUUGUUUUUUUACAAACCUUUUACAGACCUCUGUAAAGCAGUGGCAAAGUAGAAAAAAUAAAGCUGAGUUGCACAACCAA